UUUUUCAAACGGUAAUUUGAUUAAGAAACAUCUGUAGGCUUAUCUCUUGCUUUAAAGCCUAACUGUAUCAAGAUUUUGAAUUCAGGCUGUUUGGAAAACUUCAACGGUGCUUAUUUCGACGGAAAUGCAAAGCUAUUGAAUCAGAAAAGAAGAAAACGGCCUUGAAAGCGCAAGAAAGACUAUUGUAUGCCAUAUAAGAAUGCCUGUGUCCAGAAACCUUUCGUUACCUUCGUCAAUUGAGGCACGCAAGUUUAAAAAACGACCAGUUGGAUUUCACGACUUACAACAUUGCGUUUCAAUGCCUGCCGAUCCGAGAAACCCCAACACGAACAAUAACAACAACAACAGCAACAACAACAACGACAAGGACAAACAAUCCUCCAAAAUGCAAUUCCGUUCCACGACACCGACAACCAAUGACGCCGCAACCACUGCACCAAGCGCCCAAAACGCCCCACCCGUUUCGGGAGGGCGCACACCCGCGACAAGAAGCACUUUAUCUCAACCCUGCUUGUCAUCCUCAAACGUGAGAGCGACCAGCAUCUUUCCGCAUCUGUUUCUUGGAUCCCAAAACGAUGUAUCGGACGAGGAUAUAAUGAAAGGGAACAAAAUCUCGAAUGUUCUAAACGUGAGCUGCGCAUGCGCACGACCCCCGAACCUUGACGACGACCAUUUUCGACGGAUUUCGGUCCGAGAUAACUAUCAAGAAAAGAUAACUCCACAUUUGGACGAGGCCGUCGAAUUUAUCGAAUCGGUCAGAGUAAAGAAUGAAAGAGUGUUGGUGCAUUGCUUAGCUGGUGUAUCAAGAUCAGCAACUGUUGCAAUCGCAUACGUCAUGUACUACCUUCGUCUUAGUUUUGAGGACGCUUACAGGUUCGUGAAGGAAAAACGACCAACCAUUUCUCCCAACUUUAAUUUUCUCGGGCAGCUGAUCGAGUUCGAAAAGAAACUUCGUGAGCGAGGUCAUAUGACAAAACCACGAUCCAGCAGCGCCCCGGAGCUCCCCGUACCCCACCAAGCCCCCAAACCAACGCCAGUAAUUGAGGUUUCCCCACCCUCGGCUCGCAUCAUCGAAACAAGUUUUGUUGGCCCUGACCGUUCUGUUGCUACAUCAUCAUCUUCGUUUUGUCGUAGAAGACGAGGCCCAGCGCUGGAGAAAUUAUCCUUCACAGCAAACCAAGCUGUAAACGUCAGUCUGUACCCCAACAACGAAGUAUAUCAAGACCACCACGCACGCGGCUCAACAGCGACACCCGGCGGCGCUGGAGUUGUACUGGAUUUACACGUCACCUCAUCUGAACCGCACUCGCGCAGGCUUGGCAGCGACGGCCGUGAAGACGAAGCCGAGGAGUUUUCACCCGAGAGACCACGUUACGAAACCGAGCUUGUAAUACCCGUCUCGUCACCCUUUAACAUUGCAGCAACCAGUCAAAAGUCGAACAGCCUACCCCGCUGUGGGGCCGGUUUCUCCGGUGGUCGAAUGAAACCUGGAAAGUUACUUCAGCGGGUCAACGGCAUCCCUUUGCCUCAAAUCAGCUGCAAAAGUUUUACGGACCCCAUUGAACAAGACAACCAGUUGAUAUCGUUCUUGCUCCCACCUAACGUCGUACGUUCUUCGACCGCCCCAAACACACCAGCAGCAAUGCGAUUCGAAAGAUCAAACGAAGAGGUUCGCUCUCUUACGACGUCAGAUGGAAAUAACGAUUUUCCACGUGACGUGGAAAUGACGCAAGAGGAUGAUGACGUAAGACAGCCGUCUCCUCCCUCCCCAACCAUGAGAUUCAGGAGUCACACAGAUCCACUGUUCCUCCAGACAUCUUAUGAACAAAGGGAUCAGAUCUCACCAGCUUCCUCACCAAGAGUGGAACGCUUUGUCUCCAGAAAGACACGAAGUCCGAAAAUCUUAAAGAAAUCGUUCAACCUAAACCUCCGACCAAGUUAUGGUUACCAUCCGUUCCGGAGCAACAAACAGCAGUCCUCUUCAUCAGUUGGCUCACGUCCAAGGACACAGGACUCUCAUUUGGCUCCUGCUUCCCAGCCUCACAGGAUGAGCUGCGAGAGUCCGAGUCCGGAUGGUAUUUCAGCUCUUUCCUUGUCUUCCCCGGUAACGGCAAAAGAUGACCCGAUGCGACAUAUCACAACCGAGCAUCGCAGCUCCGCACCGCCAUCUAGAGACCACGCUACGAACGUAGUAAACACUACCAACCACACCUUUAACAAUUGUAGUAGAACGAGCCACAACGGAACACACGAGCCCUUCCGACUCGUUCAAGCCACUGAACUAAAAAAGAGGUGGCGCACGCAAAAGCGAGCCAACACACGAACCCACGAGUCCCCCGCCCACCCGAAAGUCGGUGAAAUGGGGAGUAAUGACGUAGCAAAUAAACCUACAAAUCCGUCUUCGCCGACGGUGCUGGCUCAUUGUAGUAGCCAAGUGAUCAGUUGCUCUUAGCUUUCCUUUCAUCAUUCGAUAGCUACACUUUAAAUUGCGAUAUUCGCAAGACAAGCACUUUAUUGCGUUUCCGCGCUUCCUACGCAGUGUCCCUAGUGUUCCGUAACCACACGACCCAGUGGUAAGCUUCGCAAACGACAUGCACGACGUCGACCCCGGCGAAACUGCUAACCCGUAAUAACCAGACCAUUGUAAACGCGUUGCAAUUAGGCAGCGCUUAGAUUUGGAUCUCACCCCAACACAAAAGCACAAACUAUGCAAAACUCAUGACCCGAUAUGGUGCUGUCAUACAAACCCACACAGUACACAGCGAAAUACUUACAGAUUCGAACUAAAAAAAGCAAAAAAAUAAAUUUCCGCAUCUUUCGUUCUACUUUUUUUCGAAAACAUUUGUUUUGUUUGGUAUUCAUUUCAGAUUUUUAUUUAAAUGCCGUUCGAAUGGAAUAGCAUCGUUAUACCACUCUAUAUACUUCUUUAUAGUAAGCGGUCCUACCAUCUAGGUUAGUUAUAUAUUGGUUUUUCGUUUUUACCUUCUAUAUUUAACCGAUAAACCGUUCUUACCUACUUUCUACUUCCGUUGACACGUGCAAUUCGCUGUUCUGCACAAGACCGCGUAUGCUUGUAUCGACUACUACAGUGAAACAACUACUUUAUGAAUGUCGUGAAUGAGUUCUAUGUCACUGAACGAAUGUUUGUAUGUGCGAAAAUUAAAAUCCAAAAUCCGAAAAAAUCACCCAAUGCGCUUCACUUGCAAACCAAAUUUUGAAAUUUGUUGUAAAUAACCUACAUUAAUAAUAAUAAUGAACUUCGGUUUCUUUUCAGUCUUAAAAACUUCUUUAGAACCUCCCCUGCCUUUGUUAAAUUUUGCAAAAUCCGGUUAACGUGCGGCUGUGUGAAUAAUAUUCAGUUUGUGUGCUAUAUACUGUGUGGUACGAUGAAUAUGAAGUCAAAAACUGCUCGGUACUUUGUAGCGUAUAUUGUUGUCGUCUUGUGCGUGGUUCUUAAAGCGUGUACAAACAGGAAUAAAAAGAAGUUCUUAUACAUGGCAA